UGACGUGUUCAGCUUCAAGAAAAUUCUUCGACACAAAACAGUAAUUAAAUGUGAGACAGUCAUCAUCAAUAUCGAAAUAAUGGAGUCAUCAGAUGCUGUGAGAGUUGGUGAAAUAGAUGGAAUGUAUUCUUUCCUGCAGAAUAUCGAUUGGACGGAGCCUUGGUUAAUAGCGUUGCUUGUUUGUCAUCUUCUAUGUCUAGUCUUCACAAUCGUUACAAGAAAACAUGCAAACAUUCAAGCGAUUCUCUUCCUUUUACUCCUGUUUUUAAUCUUCAUGUCAGAAUGGAUCAAUGAGUACGCCGCCUCAAAUUACAAAUUAUUUUCAAGGCUGCAGUAUUUUGAUUCCAGUGGUCUAUUUAUAGCUGUGGUAUUCAGUCUUCCCCUCCUAUGUAACUGCCUACUGAUGGUUAUGAUAUGGGUGUAUCAGAUGGCACAUCUCUUAGUCAAGGUCAAGAGAGCUGAGAUUAGACACAAACUGAAAUCAGAGGAAGCUAAAGACAAGUGAACAUCAUCAUCAUCUAAGAAUUCCUGGUAGUUGUCUUCAAGACUAUUCUGUUCUAUGGAUCAUCCUUCGGUGAAGACUUUCGACCAUGGCCACCUCCUCCUUGAAUUGUAAUAGGGGCGCACUCCUGGAGUUGCCACCAUCACCUGUUCUCUUUUCAAUCGCUGUUCUUGUCAGCUCUCCUAUACUUCUACCACCUUGUGAUGUUGUCUAUCCAGCACAGCUUAGGGCGGCCUCUGCCUCGACCUGUACUUGUAGGCAGACCGUCUAUAACUGUCGACCCAAAUCAACUGCCACCAGGGGCACAGUGUUACCUACCCUUACCCUCUUCACAGUCUGGGUUGGCAGACCGUCUAUAACUGUCGACCCAAAUCAACUGCCACCAGGGGCACAGUGUUACCUCCCCCUACCCCCUUCACAGUCUGGGUUGGCAGACCGUCUAUAACUGUCGACCCAAAUCAACUGUCACCAGGGGCACAGUGUUACCUACCCCUACCCCCUUCACAGUCUGGGUUGGCAGACCGUCUAUAACUGUCGACCCAAAUCAACUGUCACCAGGGGCACAGUGUUACCUACCCCUACCCCCUUCACAGUCUGGGUUGGCAGACCGUCUAUAACUGUCGACCCAAAUCAACUGCCACCAGGGGCACAGUGUUACCUACCCCUACCCCCUUCACAGUCUGGGUUGGCAGACCGUCUAUAACUGUCGACCCAAAUCAACUGCCACCAGGGGCACAGUGUUACCUACCCCUACCCCCUUCACUGUCCGGGUUGGUCCAGCAGAAUGCCCCACCUUCCCAUCCUCACACAGUGUGGACAACAAUGCUGGCCUCUUAUAAUGGAUUGUGUCGGGCAUUCCCUACUUCGAUGAAGCUUCAUCAAGUUGUCCGGUGGCACUUUUUUGUUCAGGGUGAAUACAUAGAGAAAAUAUUUGUCGCCUGCUCAGGACUAUAAGUUCAUUAUAGUGUAAUUUGAUUUUCAUAAAAUUGCUUAAUUAUUUGUUGGAGCUCCUGGUAAACUGGGUUUAAUGAUCGAAAGUCAGCUUCAGAUUUUUUUUUUACGUUUAAUUUAUAAGUAAAACAUGACGCUUCAUGUUAUGAAUUGUUCGUUACAACUAUGGUUUUUCUCUGACCAUUUUUGUGUUGUUUUUAACCUACAAUGCACAGCUCAGGAGAAAACAAAUAAUAAUAAAUCUUUCUCAUUGAACAAAAUGUGUCUUGAUUUGUGUUGCUUGAAAAUGUGUGAUCUUAGCAAAUUUUGCCUGGAAAUGUGUAUGAGGCUAUAUAGCCUUGUGAUCUAAGCCAAUUUUUCCUAAAAAUGUUCAUAUCUUUAGGCAAAAUUUGCUAAGUUCACAAGCCUUGCACACAAUUUUGUGUGCUCAGCAAAUUUUGUCUAAAAA